GGCAGCCAGAAGACACACAAGAAGCAGAAACAGACGAAACAACAAAUAGGGUCUCUAAAGGUGUUUCAGGUUGAAGCGACCAUCUCUGCUCAGAGUCCCCUCCAGCUAAAAUGCCUUUCUUGGGCAAGGACUGGAGAUCUCCAGGCUGGAGCUGGACAAAGACAGAGCAUGGCUGGAGGAGGGUUUUCCUCUAUGGACACGAGUUGGAAGAUAACAGAGAAAUAGACUUAAAAGAGGUCUGCAAUGACAACAAUGAGAAUCUGUUUGUUGAAGAUGUGUGUGAACUCGCCACCUCAAAGAGGAAAAAGGACCUCUACAACAAUAGCACCAAAUCUCAGUUUGUUUUUGUGGAUAAAUGGAUCUACGUACAAAGCAGGAGCACAAAAGAACGACAUGUAUACUCCACGCUUGGUGAAGCCCUCAACCGUCUAGACUUUUCCAGUGCCAUUCAGGACUUGAGAAGAUUCAACUACGUUGCAAAACUUUUCCAGCUAAUAGCAAGGACUCAGCUGACAUCUUUGAGUGGAGCUGCACAGAAAAACUAUUUCAAUAUACUGGAGAAGAUUGUACGAAAGGUUCUAGAUGACCACUACAAUCCGCGCCUUGUCAAGGAUUUGCUGCAGGACCUGAGCUUGACGCUGCACAAUUUUACUAUCCAUGUUGGAAGGUGUGUCCUCGUUGGCAACGUCAACAUCUGGAUGUGCCGACAGGAGACCAUUCACAAAUGGAAGCAGCAGGUCGACAACCUGCAGUUCCCCAAGCAAAUGUGCAACAGCAUGACAUUCAACGACUUGCCACUACACAUGCAGGACAAGAUCCUUGGCAAGUUAUCUGAUGCCUAUGACAUCAUCAACGUCGGGCAGGCCAUGCCUGCUCUGCACAGCCUCAGUGAGGACAGGAUACUGUGGAAGAAACUCUGCCACUUUCACUUCUCAGACAAACAGUUCUGUAGGAAUUUGGUCCUAUCCCGCAGUGAUAAAGUGGACUGGAAGCUGAUGUACUUCACCCUAAAGAGAUAUUAUCCAAUGAAAGAGCAGUACGGUGACACCUUGCACUUCUGCAAAAACUGUAACGUCCUCUUCUGGAAGGACGGCCACCUGGCUUUGUUAUUCAAGGACUGUGGCCAUCCAUGCACUGCCAACGAUCCAGACAGCUGCCUCAUGCCCGUUUCUCCACAGCACUUUAUCGACCUCUUCAAGUUCUGAACCCUCCAUGUUGGUCAUCAAGCGAACCGCCGUUUACUCUCACUCCCAAACCAAGAGUGUGUGCGAGACCUCAAGGUCGUUUACUCAAAUACAAAGGGCUUCAACUGAAAGAGAUUACCUUUUUUUUAAUGUCUUCAUUUCUUUACGCACAAGUGUUUCCAUAAGACAAAGGAAAGUUUGUAGAAUGUCAAGAAUGUUGCUAACGGUUGAAAUAUAAAUAACUUUUUUGGUUUUUCCUCCUCCUGCACAAAUGUUUGUCUUUUUAUCAAAAAAGGCUAUUCAUGAGAGGAAAGGCAAUAAUAAUAUUAAAAAUGUAAUAUGUGAAAUGAUUUAUAUGUAAAAGGAAUUGUAGCAUGUUUAUGGUAGAUAAGUGGUGAUAGGUAAUGUCUAAGCGGUUGUUUAUUUUAAUGGAAAAAGGUGAAUAUUUACAGUGUGGCAGAAUAAAUGACUCUUGUUAAUUGUUUAUUUAAUGGGGUUAACUAUUCUGCUUUUUGUUCUGUUUUGGUGGUAUUUUAAUAAUAGGGUGGUAUAACUGAAUGAAUGUCAUGUUUGAGUCUCUGUUUACAUACUGUACGUUGUCAUUUGUGAAUACUUGCUGUGCUCUGUGUACAUUGAAAGCGUCAACACUAAGAGAAAAUAAUGUCGAACUCCAUAGGUUAUUAAAAUCUACUUUUGUCAGUUCUGUCAAAUGACAGAGAGAGGAAAUGUUAAAUGUUAUUUAUGGGGGGAAAUUGUUUUGAAUCCUUCCUCCAACUUUUGUAAUAUUCCAAUGCUGUCCCAAUACUACUGGUGGAACCAUCAUGACUUUUGUGGGACAUG